AAUUGGUGGGGUGGUCGGUGAUGAGCAGAGGAUAUCUUCCCCUGUUUUAUGGGAGGGAGGGGGAAAUUCUCGGCGUCUCCAUAACCUCAGCGAUUUUAGCAAGUUUCCGGACUUCGUCAAGCUGUGUGUGCUCUACCAGCGGUCGUUCCCUCUGCCCUGAACCGUGUUAUCCUAACCCUCCGCCGGCUGAGGCCCUCCCCUUCGCUUCCACCGAGGAGGAGCCGCCACUGCCACCGCCUCUUCGCAGCGGGUGGGUCGUGUCCUCAGGAGAGAACAUGGACGGAGGCGGCCCGCUGCCGCUACCUAGCCAGGAAUGGUUCGAGGAAACCUUCCAGCAGUAUGGCUACGGGGGCCAGAUCGGAGCGGUGAGGGCGCAGGAGUUGGGCAGACUGGCAGGCGUUACUUACCUGGACCAUGGAGGUACAACUUUGUAUCUACACAGUCAGAUUUAUCACUUUUACCAAGACCUUGCAGAAAAUAUCUAUGGUAACCCUCAUAGUGGGAAUACUGCCAGCAAACUGACAAGUCAUACUAUCGACCAAGUUCGUUAUAGGAUUCUCCAGCUUUUCAACACCAGCCCAGAAAAAUAUACAGUCAUUUUCACAUCAGGAUGCACUGCAGCUCUUAAACUAGUAGCAGAAAACUUUCAAUGGACCUGUGCAGAACAUGGAGACGCAAGGAGUCAGUUUUGUUACCUGACCGAUAACCACACUUCUGUGGUGGGUAUGAGAGGAUUAUCUGUUCCAGCUGGUGCUGCAACUCUUCCAAUAAGCUUGGAUGAAAUUCAUGAUGAUAAAAACAUUCUGUAUGAAGAGAUAAACAUGGCUAAGGAGGAAAAUUUCCACAUUCACCAUCUGUUCUGCUACCCUGCUCAAAGUAACUUCUCAGGGACAAAAUACCCACUUUCUUGGAUAAAGGAUAUUAAGUCCAAAAGAUUGUAUCCUUUCAGCAAAAUUCCUGGGACUUGGAAUGUGCUAGUGGAUGCAGCCUCAUUUGUGACCACUUCUCCACUUGACCUCAGUUCAUAUCAGGCAGACUUCAUCCCCAUCUCAUUUUAUAAAAUUUUUGGAUUUCCGACAGGUCUAGGUGCUCUGUUGGUGAAAAAUGAAUGUGAACACAUGCUGGGAAAGAAAUACUUUGGAGGAGGAACAGCAGCUUCUUAUUUGUCAACAGAGGAUUUCUAUGUCCCAAGACAGUCACUUAGUGACAGGUUUGAGGAUGGCACUGUUUCAUUCCUUGAUAUAAUAGCUGUAAAUCAUGGAUUUAAUGCACUGGAAAAAAUUACAGGUGGAAUGCAAAAUAUCAUGCUUCAUACCUUUAGCCUUGCCCAGUAUACCUACAUAAUGCUGUCUGGAAUGCAUCAUGCUAAUGGAAGACCAGUUGCUCAGAUUUAUAGCAAUAAUGAAUUUGAAACUCCAGACAUUCAGGGGCCGAUCAUUAAUUUUAACAUACUUGAUGAGAACAGCGACAUUGUCGGUUAUGCAACGGUGGAUAAGCUGGCAGAUUUGUACAACAUUCAUCUUCGCACUGGCUGCUUUUGUAACACUGGAAGCUGUCAGCAACACAUAGGAAUCAGUAAUGAAGAUGUCAAAAAGAAUCUGAAGGCAGGCCAUGUCUGUGGAGAUACCUUGGAUAUGAUUGAUGGCCGCCCUACUGGUUCAGUCCGAAUAUCCUAUGGCUACAUGUCAACAUUUGAUGAUGCACAAACAUUUUUAAAAUUUGUUAUAGAUUGUUUUGUUAAGCAGCCAGUUUGUUUUGACAAAGACACCCUGUCGAAAUUAAACCAGUGUAGGACAAUUAAAGACAAAAAUGAAUCAAGGACAGAGAAUUUCACAGACGAGAAAAUCAUCCCAGUAAGGGAAGUCACUUCGGAAAUUGCUGGAACACAUUCCCAUGGAGCUGAAGUUCCUCUUUAUCAGCACUGUUCACCCAAUCCAUCAGAGUGGAAUAAAAACCCAGGAACAUCUAUUGGCAGUGCACUAGUGACUCUUACAAACAUCUACUUAUAUCCAAUCAAGUCCUGCGCUGCUGUUGAGGUUAAGAAGUGGCCUGUUGGAAAACACGGGCUACUGUAUGACCGUGUCUGGAUGAUUGCCAACCACAAUGGUAUCUGUCUUAGUCAAAAGCAGGAACCCAGGCUGUGUCUGAUUCAUCCAUUCCUGGACCUGGAACAAGGAAUCAUGACCAUCAGUGCAGAAGGAAUGGAUCCUAUAACGGUGUCUUUGGAAGAAGAAGCUGGAGAAGAAUGUGCACUUCAGUUCUGUCAAACUAAAGUCUGUGGAGACCGAGUAAAAGGAUUAAACUGUGGAGAAAAAGUUGCAGAAUGGAUUUCCACAUUUCUUGGAAGGCAAAGUUAUCUGUUCAGACAGAGUUCUGAUUUUCAAAGAGUGAUGAAGAAACAUAAACAAGUUCAAGACCAAUCUUUGACCCAGUCACCUUCUCUCUCAUUGGUGAAUGAAGCGCAGUAUCUUCUCAUAAACAGGGCAAGCAUUCUACACCUGAAGGAGCAGAUAUACCUACAAAGAGAAGGAACAUAUGAUUCAAAUUCUGCUGAAGCAUUAACAACUGACGAACUCAUCCAUUGCUUCCGACCCAACCUUGUAAUAAGUACAAUGAGGCCGUAUGAGGAAGAUGACUUGUCUGAGGUGGUGAUAGAUGGUGUUUCUUGUUCUUUUCAGGUUGUAGGGAAAUGUAGCAGGUGUCAAAUGAUUUGUAUUAACCAAGAAAAUGGAAGAAGAAGCAAAGAACCCCUGCAGACACUAUCCUCAUGCAAGGGCAGAAAGAUGACCUUUGGAGUAUAUCUGUUUCACAAGCUACCGACUACCUCAGGGCAUUCUGUGUUUCUGACUGUAGGAUCCCAAGUCUUUGUGAAAACCAAAGAGGAAAAUACCGUUAUGCCUUCUGAACAACAACAUCCUCGGUAGCUGCUGCAGGAGUGAACAUGCAUAUCUCCCAUGAGCAUGAACAUAACUUUACAAUGAUGUAAUGGAUUAUUGUUCUUUUUGAUUUCUCAUAGUAGGGUUGAUGCUAAAUCAAGUCUGAAAAUCUAUUACUAUUGGACUGUUUCCUCAUCUUAAAAAUAAUUCUUGAGAUGCAUAAAUUCCCCACAGAAUAGAGAAUUCUUAAUUUAAUCUUGUUUCAAAUUUAUUUAAUUUUCUCCACAUACUUGACUGUGGUGUAAUUUUAAUGUUUUGGAGAAUGUGUCAAGGAAUUAUGUCAUUUUAAAAAAUUGUACAUCAUUCACGAUAUACACUUUGAUAAUUUUAUUUGUCAUUAAAG